UUGCAAUCUACACACCGACCUUCCUACCUAUGCUGCACCUCCUUCAUGCCCUCGGUCACCUGCCAUGCACCUUGCUAUUCAUGCCCCUUGUUUUUGGUCACUGUGCGCAGCUGAGGACUGGCAACCAGACAACAAAUACUUGCACAAAAGGUGUGACGAGAGUGAACCGUUGAGGUUUGUUCCCAGCAUGCACCUGGCUCAGAAGCAUCGCAUGGCCACCUUGCCAACAUCAGGCUGCUUCCUGGCUUUUGUUCUCUUUCUGGCUCUACAGGUUGCUGCUAAUGCAGCACCAUCUGGAGACAACGGACUGGUCAGAACAACGCGAGUGAGGAGACAGAUCCCAGAUGGGGAUACCUCGGGCCCCGUGUCCAACCAGACAAUGAGGGAGCAACCUUUGGUCUUCAACCACGUUUAUAACAUCAACGUACCUGUGGAAUCUCUUUGCUCGGUUGACCUUGCUGCGUCUGCACCGCCGGGACCCGGAGGGGACCCCCGUGCUGAGCUAGGGUCCAGAGCCUCUGUAGAAGGACCACUGGACCCAGUUGGGCCGACAGAGUACAUUGAACAGACAAUGGAUGCUGACAGCCAGGUAACCUUUACUCAUCGUAUCCACAUCCCAAAAUCGGCGUGUGGUUGUGCGGCGACGGUCACAAUCCAACAGCUGGCCACAAGGAUGGAGAUGUUGGAAAGAGAAGUGUCUAUGCUGCGGGCUCAAUGUGGAAACGGUUGCUGCGGAGAGAACCCAUCCAUUGCCCGUUUUGACUUUUUCCCAGGAUGCAACGGCCAUGGCAGUUUCAGCCUGGACAUUUGCGGCUGCAUAUGCGACGAAGGCUGGACCGGCAAAAACUGCUCAGAACCCCGUUGCCAGGAUGACUGCUCCGGCCAGGGUGUGUGCAUCGAUGGAGAGUGUGUGUGCGACCGUGACUUUUCAGGCGAAAACUGCUCCGAGCUGCGCUGUCCCGCCGACUGCUCGGGCCGCGGCCUGUGCAUCGACGGGGAGUGCGUGUGUGAGGACUCCUUCUCCGGAGAGGACUGCAUGGUCGGGAGGUGCGUGAACGACUGCUCGGACCAGGGGCUGUGCGUGAACGGGACGUGCCAGUGCCGGCCCGGGUAUGUGGGGGAGGACUGCUCGAUGGUGUACUGUGCCAACAACUGCAGCAAGAAGGGAAUCUGCAAGGAGGGCUUCUGUGUGUGCCAGGAUGGCUUUGCUGGAGAUGAUUGCAACUCGGUGGCCCCUGCCAUGAACCUGAAGGUCCGAGAGGUAACAGAUACAGCCAUUGAGCUGGAAUGGGAAGGUUCUGUGGUUCUAACAGAUUUCCUCGUGACCUACACACCAAGCAGUCCCGGAGGCGUCCAACUAGAACUGCGGAUGCCGGGGAACACCACCUCCUGCACCAUCUCAGACCUGGAUGCGGGUCUGGAGUACAACAUCAACGUGUUUGCGGUCAUUAACAACAGCAUCAGCGCCCCUGCCAGUAUUACCGUCACAACCUACCUCUCCAAUCCGGUGGGUUUAGUCUUCAAAUCCAUCACAGAGACGUCAGUGGAGGUCCAGUGGCAACCUUUCUACAAUUCCUUCGAUGGCUGGGAGAUCAGCUUUAUUCCCAAGGACAAUGAUGGUGGGAUGACUGCCCAGCUGCCCAGCACCAUCACCUCCUUCGUGGAAACUGGUCUGAGACCCGGGGAGGAGUACACAGUCAAUCUGGUGGCGCUAAGAGACCAGGGUCGAAGUCAGCCUUUUACUGCUACUUUCUCAACACUGAUCGAUGGCCCCACUGAGCUGGUGGUGCGCGAUGUGUCCGACACCGUCGCCUUCUUAGAGUGGACCCCGCCAAAAGCCAAGAUUGAUCAGAUUAUGCUGCGUUACGGCCUCGUAGGAGGGGAGGGUCCGCGGCCUACGUUCCGUCUCCAGCCCACCCAAAGCCAAUACACCCUGCAGGUCCUGCGACCCGGCUCACGUUACGAGGUGUCUGUGAGCGGCGUGAGGGACGGGAACGCCAGUGGAUCAAUUUCCAUCGACUUUACUACCGAGAUCGAUACCCCCAAGAACCUGCGGCUCCUCUCUAAGACCUCUACCACGCUGGAGCUGGAAUGGGAUAACAGUGAGGCACAGGUGGAUGAGUACCAGGUGGUGUACAGCACAUUGGCGGGUGAUCAAUAUGAAAAAGUCGUUGUUCCAAGAAAUGAAGGAGCCACCACAAAGACCACUCUCACCGACCUGAUGCCUGGCACGGAGUAUGGUAUUGGCAUUUCCGCCAUGAGAGGCAACAAUCAGAGCACAUCAGCCACUAUGAAUGCCAGAACGGGUCUGGAUGUUCCCAUGGAUCUAACUGUAACAGCAUCUACAGACAACACCAUCACCCUUGUGUGGGGCAUGGUACAGGGUCCCAUUGACUUCUACAAAGUCACCUUUACAUCCUCCUCGGGCUUGUCUACUGAGGUGACUGUGCCUAAAAAUGAAAUCACCACCACUCUGACGGACCUGGAACCCGGGACGGAAUACACCAUUACAGUGGCAGCCAGGAGAGGACGACAGCAGAGCAACGUAGCAACCAUUGAUGCCUUCACAGGGAUCAGGCCCGUCUCUCAUCUAUAUUUAUCUGAGGUGACCUCCGACUCAGUACUGGUGGCUUGGAGCUCCCCAGCGCCGCCCGCCGAUGUUUUCAUCCUCAGUUACAGCUCCACGGACGGAACCGACACCUCAAAGGUGACCUUGGACGGCUCCAAGACCAGGUCGCUGGUGCAGGGGCUUCUGCCCUCCACUCAGUACGACGUCAGCCUGAUUACAAUACAGGGAGAUGUUACCUCUGAGCCAGUUACCGCAUCACUUAUGACAGGUAUGGACCCACCCAAACAGAUGACUGUGUCUGCCGUGGCCGAGGACACAAUGACCGUUUCAUGGAUAAAACCGCUGGCUCCAUUUGAGUACUACAAGUUGUCCUAUCAGUCAGCCAGAGGACGAGUGGACAGCGUGGUGAUUGACAGCGACGUGACCAACUACACCUUGUCUAGUCUGUUCCCCGCUACUGAAUAUGAAAUCAGUCUGAAUGCUGUCAGAGGGAGCCAAGAAAGCAAAAUGGUCACCGCCUCAGUCUUCACAGCCAUGGACAUGCCAUCAGAGUUGACCGCCCUCAACAUCACGCCACAAGGAGCCCUGCUGAGGUGGAACCCCCCUCUCUCCAACGUUGACAACUAUGUAAUAACGGUCACACACAACCAAGUGACAGCAGAUACCUUCCUGGUGGAGGGCAACAAGCAGGAGCACCAGCUGUCCAACCUGAAGCCCAGCACGUCAUACUCGGUAGCCCUCUAUGCCACCAAGGGACCCCUCACCAGUGGCACUGUCAUCGCCAACCUCCAAACACCCAUCGACGCCCCUCUGAACCUGACAGCCAGCGAAGUGAAUCACCGCAGUGCUCUCAUCUCCUGGCAACCGCCCGCCUCUGAAAUUGACAACUACAUGCUCACUUACAAGUCAUCUGAUGGCAACCGUAAAGAGUUGAUCCUCGACUCAGAAGACACGUGGAUUCGUCUGGAGGGUCUGGCCGAGACCACGGAGUUCACUGUCAAGCUGCAGGCGGCAAGAGGCUUUGACACUAGCGCUGUCGUCUCCACCACCUUCAUCACAGGGAGUCGUCUGUUUGCAACGCCUCAGAAUUGCGCCCAGCACCUGCUGAACGGCGAGACGCUGAGCGGCGUCUACACCAUUUACAUCAACAGGGACCCCAGCCAGGGUGUGCAGGUGUACUGUGACAUGGGCACGGACGAAGGAGGCUGGAUUGUUUUUCAGCGACGUCAGAACGGCCUUACAGAUUUUUCCAGGAAGUGGAGUGACUAUCGAGUCGGUUUUGGGAACCUGGAGGAUGAAUUCUGGUUAGGUCUAGACAACAUCCAGAGGAUUGCCGCUCAAGGCCGCUAUGAGCUGAGGAUCGACAUGAAGGACGGACAGGAUUCGGUUUACGCCAGCUAUGAUAAAUUCUCUCUGGGUGAUGCCAGAAACCUGUACAAGCUCAGGAUCGGCGAGUACAACGGCACUGCUGGUGACUCUCUGAGCUACCACCAGGGACGACCCUUCUCCACAAAAGACAGGGACAAUGACAUCGCCGUCACUAACUGUGCCUUGUCCUACAAAGGAGCAUGGUGGUACAAGAACUGCCACCGAGCCAACCUCAAUGGCAAAUACGGCGAGUCCAGACAUAGUCAGGGUAUCAACUGGUACCACUGGAAAGGACACGAGUUCUCCAUCCCCUUUGUGGAGAUGAAGAUGAGGCCGUUCAACUACCGCAGCAUCAGCAGCAAGAGGAGGCGGUCGGUGCCCGUUUAAGCCGCUGCUUCGAGAUGGACGGAGUUUGGUAAUGCUUUGCUAAACAAGUCCUGAUCAGGAGGCAAUAAAGUAAAUUUAGCGAAGGAUCUGGUAACGGCCGCAAGCAUUCGACAAGAGCCGUCUUUCCCUGCUGUAUACCUCCUCCCGGGAGUUAAAGAUACUGUAUGAAAUUCAUUCAUUGCUUUGAAUGACAAUUCUGUUUUUUUUUUUUCUGUAAAAAAAAUAUGACAAAAAAAAAAAAAGACAAAAAAGCAAAGCUAGGAUGCGCUAUUUUAACCAAUAACACUUUGAACAACAACUCUAUUGUAUAUGCCCCCAAAAGCCCACUACUGUAAGAUAUAUAUAUAUUUUUAUAACUGAUAGUGUGGCAAAGCUCCAUCUUAUUUCUUCAUGAUGACGUUCAUGGAAAGCCCCUUUUACACUGACUGUGUUCAGAACCAUCCAGGCAGUAUUCCUGCUUCAGGCAUCAGAGCCGUAACAGAGCAGGACAGGGCCUGCAACAAGUGUGGGGAUUGAAGCAAAUGUCAUCUAAAGAAUAUAUCACUGUAAAAAAUUACCAGGAUUUCACGGCGUUUAACAGUUGUUGUAUUUUUCAAAGUAAAACAUCGUAAUCGAAAUGUAACGUUACUGCAAACGACUUAAAGGGGAACAUUAUCACCAGACCUACGUAAGCGUCAAUAUAUACCUUGAUGUUGCAGAAAAAAGACCAUAUAUUUUUUAACCGAUUUCGGAACUCUAAAUGGGUGAAUAUUGGUGAAUUAAACGGCUUUCUGUUUAUCCCUCUCUGAGCGACGACGUCCGAACGUGACGUCACAUCGGUACUCAACGCCAUUUUUCCCUACCACAUCACACGCAUCGAGUCAAAUCAGUUCUGUUAUUUUCCGUUUUUUCUACUGUUUUCCGGUACCUUGGAGACAUCAUGCCUCGUCGGUGUGUUGUCGGAGACUGUAACAACACGAUCAGGGACAGAUUCAAGUUGAUUUACGUAGAAGGUGCAUCGAUUAGCACGGCAUGCUAAUCGAUGCUAACAUGCUAUUUAGGCUAGCUGUGUACAUAUUGCAGCAUUAUGCCUCAUUCGUAGCUAUAUUCACAUCUAGCCUUUCCCUCCACCCACAUUUAAUGCCAAACAAACACUUAGCAAUCGACGGAUUUAACUUGCUCCAGUGUCAAGAGAUGCGAAACUCCCUCGUUUGGUUUUUACCGGCGAUGCUACGACAGAGAUGGCACAGAGAUGGCAAGAAUAUCUGGAUAUCCUGCGACACUCAAAGCAGAUGCAAUCCCAACGAUAAAGUCAAAGAAAUCACAAAGGUGAGUUUUGUUGAUGUUAUUGACUUAUGUGCUAAUCAGACAUAUUUGGUCGCGGCAUUACUGCCAGCUAAUCGAUGCUAACAUGCUAUUUAGGCUACCUGUAUGUACAUAUGAAACUAUAUUUACAUCCAGCCUUUCCUUCCACCCACAUUUAAUGCGAAAUAAACACUUACUAAUCGACGGAUUUGAGUAGAUCCAGUGUCAAUGCGAAAGUCCUGAUCGGUUGGUCUGCACAUUUAAAGGCGAUGCUAAGGCAGACAUGGCCGAAUAGCGUCAAUAGCUAUUCGCUCAAUAGUUACAGUUUCUUCUUGAAUUUCGUUUUCGCUAUCUGCCUCCAUACUCCAACCAUCUGUUUCAAUACAUACGUAGCUAAUGUCGCUAUAUCUUGCUGUGCUAUUAGCCAUUGUUUGUAUUGGAAUUGCUAUGUGACGUCACAGGGAAUUGGACAGUGGCUUAAGCAAAUAGCGAAAAUCAAGCACUUUGAAGCUUUUUUUAAGGAUAUUCUGGGACGGGUAAAAUUUUGAAAAAAACUUCAAAAAAGUAAAAUAAGCCACCGGGAACUGAUUUUUAUUGGUUUCAACACUUCUGAAAUUGUGAUAAUGUUCCCCUUUAAAAAAGGACACCCUCCUAUUUCAUUGCAAUCAACAGUUAUUUCACAGUGAAAUACUACUUUGAAAAUAUUGCAAUUAUAGAAAAUGAAUUUGCUGUGUAUUUACAAAGAAAAUGAUUACAGUGUAUGUUCGUAGGAAGCUCAAUGUGUUACGUCUCUCGAUGCCGAAUAUUCCGUGGCGUUUCUGUGUAAAAGAGGCUUGCAGAAUUUCAACAUCAAAGUUGGAACUUUGAAGGCAGUUCAACCUUACUUGUUUUAUUUACUGAAUUAUCAUUUGAAGCAUUACUUCCAUGCAUUUCUUGAAAUGGUUGGUCUUUAUGUCUAAGUUUGUUCCAGCGAUGGUUUGGAUACCAAAGAUGUGGUUAAAUGGUAAAUGGGUUAUACUUGUACAGCGCUUUUCUACCUUCAAAGUACCGUAUUUUUCGGAGUACAAGUCGAUCUGGAGUAUAAGUCGCACCUGCCGAAAAUGCAUAAUAAAGAAGGAAAAAAAUAUAUAUAAGUCGCACUGGAAUAUAAGUCGCAUUUUUGGGGGAAAUGUAUUUGAUAAAACCCAACACCAAGAAUAGACCCUAAGAAUAGUGAACAACAGGCUGAAUAAGUGUACGUUAUAUGAAGCAUCUGCGAUUAGGUGGCGACUUGUCCAGGGUGUAAGCCGCCUUCCGCCCGAUUGUAGCUGAGAUAGGCACCAGCGCCCCCACAUUCCAAAGGGAAUAAGCAGCAGAAAAUAGAAGGAUGGACAUAUGACGCAUAAAUAACCAACUGAGAAGGUGCCUGGUAUGUUAACGUAACAUAUUAUGGUAAGAGUCAUUCAAAUAACUAUAACAUGCUAUUCAUUUACCAAACAAUCUGUCAUUCCUAAUCGCUAAAUCAGAUGAAAUCUUAUACAUCUAGUCUCUUACGUGAAUGAGCUAAAUAAUAUUAUACGGUAAUGUGUUAAUAAUUUCACACAUAAGUCGCUCCUGAGUAUAAGUCGACCACCCGACCAAACUAUGAAAAAAACUGCGACUUAUAGUCCGAAAAAUACGGUACUCAAAGCCCUUUGACACUAUUUCCACAUUCACUCAUUCACACACACGUUCACACCCUGAUGGCGGGAGCUGACAUGCAAGGUCCUAACCACAACCUAUUAGGAGCAAGGGUGAAGUGUCUUGCCCAAGGACACAAUGGACGUGACUAAGUUGGUAGAAGCUGGCGGGUCGAACUAGGAACCCUCAGGUUGCUGGCACGGCCACUCUCACAACAGCGCCAUGCCAUCCCCUGGUUGAUGUGCAAAGAGCCCAAACUAUUGCUUCUGUCCAAACUAACCAACAGAACCACACCGGCAACAAUAGUAACCAUGUUUGGGCAUAAAGUACAGUAUUGACCCAAAUAUAAGACUGUUUUUUGUUCCCUAGAAAACUGUCUAAUAAUAAGGCUGCCUUAUGUUUUGCGCCUGACAAAGAGCGAAUUUUACAAAAAUCGAAGCGUUUUUGGGGGGGAAAUCUUGACUAUAAUUCACAAUCAUUAAGUAUUAUUUUUUUUUUACAUUCCAACUCGUAAAUAAAUAUGAAUAAAAGUCUGCUUGCAAUGGAGCCAAUGGUAGCCAUGAUGUUAUUGCAUUUAUUUUGACCAUUAAACCCAAUAAAUAACCAUCGAAAAACCGCCAACAAUACUCAAUUUACAAUAUUAACCAAGUAUUAGCGAUAUUGUUAUAAGCGUUAAUGUUAAGGAUCUACAUUUAGAGGCACAUUGAUCAGAGAGAAGCAACUUCCUAAUGCUGCUGUAUUGACAUCAUUCUUCAUCUAAAUGGGAAUAUAUGAACAUCCUAACAGUCGGCAUCCUAAUGACAGCAGACCUUGUACAGUAAGUGAUGUUUUAUUAUGUUUGUUGGCUCCCAUGAAGUUUGCGGUGAGUACAAAUCAGUGAUGUUCUCGAAGGAAAACGCAAACUUUGUCAUGCAUCUACGAAAUUAAAGGCCUACUGAAACCUACUACUACCGACCACACAGUCUAUACAUCAAUGAUGAAAUAUUAACAUUGCAACACAUGCCAAUACGGCCUUUUUAGUUUACUAAAUUGCAAUUUUAAAUUUCCCGCGAGUUUCUUGUUGAAAACGUCUCGGAUUGAUGAUGUGUACGCGUGACGUCACGGACUGUCAGGAAAUAUUAGCGCUGCACCACUCGCGGCUAAAAGUCGUCUGCUUUAACCACAUAAUUACACAGUAUUUUGGACAUCUGUGUUGCUGAAUCUUUUGCAAUUUGUUCAUUUAAUAAUGGAGACUAUAAAGAACAAUGCUGUUGGUGGAAAGCGGUGGAUUCCAGCUGUCUUUAGCACCGAGACACAGCCCGUGUUUCUUUGUUUGUUGUGAAGCGAACAUGUUUUCUCUACGUCAACCAGCAUGUUUUUGGAUGGGGAAAUUGUGAUAUAUAUCUUACCGGAGAAAUCAUUGGAUUAUUCGUCGUCCUGCAGCAGCUGUUUAAGAGGCAGCUGUGAGCUUGGCUCCUCGGCUUCUCUCUGAGACACUUUGUGUUCACCGCAGCCAUCCAACCUCGAGGUAUGUCUUUACAAUCUUUAAAAUCUCACUAAAACACUAUUAAACAAUAAGCAGAUAAAGGAUCUUCCAGAAUUAUCUUAGUAAAUGUGUCUAAUUACAUCUGAAAUGCUCACACUGCCGCAUUCUUUUUUUCUAGUCCUUCACUAUUAAUAUCCUAAUUCACAAAUCUUUAAUCCUCGCUCAAAUUAAUGGGGAAAUUGUUGCUUUCCCGGUCCGAAUUCCUCUUACAGCUGGUGGCUCCCAUUAAAAACAAUGUGAAUAUGUGUGGAGCCCUGCAAUUCAUGACGUCACGCGCACAUAAUUCCAGUAAAGGCAGGGCUUUUCUAUUAGCGACCAAAAGUUGCGAAAUUUAUCGUCGAUGUUCUCAACUAAAUCCUUUCAGCAAAAAUAUGGGAAUAUCGCGAAAUGAUCAAGUAUGACACACAGAAUGGACCCGCUAUCCCCGUUUAAAUAAAAAAAUCUAAUUUCAGUAGGCCUUUAAAGCGUAGCUCCAUGCUUAAAAUGAGCAAAAUGCGUAAAAAAUACAUGUUAUAAAUGUAGCUCAAACUACAUUACAUAUACUUACAUCAUUUAUAUGAAACCUUAAUGGAGGUGUUUGGAUGUGUUCUUAGGUGCUUUUUAAACAGAAUUGAGCAACUACAAUUGGCUUCAUUAUAAGCAGACUUUUAAACACAUGUAUUUAUUUAUUAUUUACCAUCUAGAAUGCAUUAAACAUACAAUAUAUAUAUAUAUAUAUAUAUAUAUAUAUAUAUAUGGAGAUUCACACAGCAGAUGUGCCCAAACGAGUUCUCCGCAAGAGGCUGAGCUUUUCUUCUUGUCACUCACAGUUUUCUAAAGCAAACUAUAGUAAAUGGUGCGGAAACAAAUUAUUCCAAAGAGUCUCAGCUUUUCAAGUCAUCUCAUAUUUCAGGGUAUACAGAUUCACAAAAGAAAACGAGCUAAUGGGAUCAAACAAAAUCUCAACCAAUAGGCUGAGCUUUUCUUCCUGUCACUCACAGUUUCCCAAAACCGGAUUUUGAAAAAAAACGAGAGUCACUCCAUAAUUCCGGUUAUGGCUAUUAACACUCGUAAACUGGCAGAUGGGGCCAAAUGAAUUCUCCCGAAGAGACUGAGAUUUUCAUCCGGUCACUCACAGUUUUCCAUAACCGGGCCUUGAAGAACACAACCCAUCCAUCCAUUUUCUACCGCUUAUUCUCUUUGGGGUCAUGGGGGGCACUGUGCCUUUCUCAGCUACAAUCUGGCGGAAGGCGGAGUACACCCUGGACAAGUCGCCACCUCAUUGCAGGGUCAACACAGAUAGACAGACAACAUUCACACUCACAUUCACACAUUAGGGCCAAUUUAGUGUUGCCAAUCAACCUAUCCCCAGGUGCAUGUCUUUGGAAGUGGGAGGAAGCCAGAGUACCUGGAGGGAACCCACGCGUUCACGGGGAGAACAUGCAAACUCCACACAGAAAGAUCCAACUCAGGACCUUCGUAAUGUGAGGCAGACCCACUAACACAAGUCAUUCCUUAUUUUAGGUUAUGGAGAUUUAUAUAAUCAAACUGGUAAAUUGAGUGGAACAAAUUCUUCCGAAGAGCCUGAGCUUUUCAAGUCAAUCCCUAUUUCAGGAUAUGGAGAUUCACACAAGAAAUCUAGCUGAUGGCACCAAACAAGUUCUCCACAACAGGCUGAGCUUUUCUUCCUGUCACCUACAGUUUUCAAAAAAUUGGGCCUUUAAAAACACGAGUCACCCCAUAACUCAGGAUAUAGAGACAUAUACAUGCAAACUAGCAGAUGGCGCAAAACCAUUUCCCGAAAGCUUUUCUUCCCGCCACUCACAGUUUAUUCUCGAGAAAAAGAGCGCCUUAUACUCAAAGAAGUCUUAUAUUUGGGUUUAUACAGAGAUAAAAGUAUCCAGAAACACCUUUAUCACUUACCAACACGUUGUGUUUGCUUCCAACUGUGUGGGAACAGUUUGCUGAAGGUUCUUUUCCAUUCCCGGUGAACAAAAAGCAGGGUCCUUAAAUUAAAGACAUAUUUGGAUGACUUUUGUUGGCAGGGAGCAAAUUUAGCGCUCCAUUUUCUAUUUUCACUUCCUGUCAGCACAGUGAUCACAUGACCAGAUGCUUUGUGUUGUGUCGUCUCCUGCUAGUAUAGCAAACAGAUAAAUCUGCAACAUGGCCUCAUACUGUCAACACAAACGCAUCUUUUUUUUUUUUUUUUUUCGUGUCGUUAGUUUGUUUUGGGUCCCAACACAAUCAUAAGAUGUUACCAUAGCUGAGAGCAAGAGCUUGUUCUCGCAUGAACUCGGCGACUUAUUUACAGAUCUGUCUCCUUUGAAAGGAAAAUAUAUCACGUGCGGUGUAUAUUUUUGCUUUUGUUUGUUUUUUUAAUGUGUCCUUGUAGGCAUUCCCCUGUGUCCAUCUAAUAUAAUCAUGUAGACUCGGUUAGAUCUCGUCUUUUGAUAUCUAUCCUCUUUUAGCGAUUUAAAACAAAAAAAGUGCCACUAGUAAAUGACAGCACUGCAUGCUAACCUCACUGCAGUCACAGUCCCUAUAGUCUUGAAUAUUAGGACAUGGUUUAUUGGGUUUCAAGAUACUUGUUGCUAUAGUUUGACCUAAUUUAGCCAUUGUUUAGUGUGCACCCGUCAUACAUCUACAUUAUUUAGAUCUCUCAUAGGGUGUUUUUAUUAUCGCUUUGACCGCUUGGCUGUACAGGAAACAAAGGGAAUGUUAGAAAUGCUAUUUGUACUCAGAGAAUUUAAUGGGCUUUCAUACAAAAAGUACACCAAUCUAGGAAACAACAACACGCUGAUUAAAUUGUGAAUAUAUUUAAAAGUUAAAAUGUAGGUAAACGCAGUCCUGAGAAAUAGACAACUUGAAAUAAUGAUGAAGUUUUUCUGUAAUUUUCAAGUCCUGACCGAGAAUGAAUUUGUCUGUAAUAUUUUUAAACAAUAAUCCAGCAUCUGCAGGCUUAAUUUGUCUCAUUUUAUUUGUCGAUUUAAACAUUAUAAUCAACAUGAUUUUGCCAUUUUUUUGAUGUAACAAACUCGCCCAUUUGAGUCUAAAACAGGUGUUUAGUAUAUACAGUGUUGGCACUAGGAACUUUUAAAAUGGGGUCCCAGGGACCCCAUCAAGUCAUAAAAAUGGGGUCCGACAGUACACUUUUUUGCAACCGUUUUGAAAACAAAUGUUAAAUGUAUGCAUUAUCCUGUUAUAUCUCACAUUCUAUAUUGUGUUUUGGAAAAAGGUUAUCAUGACAGCCCCUCGCGGUAAAGUUGCCCAUGUGCAAACUGAGGCAGUAUUUGUGACUGAUCAAACUUUCGGUGAAUCAAAAUUUAAGAAAUUGCACCGGGAAGUUCAUUACUUUGAAGACGACCAAUAAAAACGCAAGAAACGGGGACGGAAAUUUGACCUGGCAAAUAUAAACAAAACACAAACGGAAAGUGAUAAUCGAUUUAAAAAAAAAAAAAAAAACGUAACUAGCUAACCACUUGGCUGUACAAGAAACUAAGGGAAUGUUAGGAAUGCUAUUUGUACUCGGAGAAUUUAAUGGGAUUUCACACAAAAAGUACACCAAUCGGUAGAAAACAAACACUGGUUAAAUUCUGAAUAUAUUUAAAAGUUAAAAUGAAGUUAAAUGCUGUCCUGAGAAUUAGACAACUUCAAAUCGAUGAAAUUUUUGUAGUUUUCAAGUUCUGACCGAGAAUGAGUUUUACUCUAAUAUUUUUACACAUUAAUCCUGCAUUUUCAGGGAUAGUUUGUCUCAUCUUAUUUGUCAAUUUGAACAUUAUAUUCAACAUGAUUUUGACAUUUUUUUGAUGUAACAAAUUUGCCGAUUUGAGUCUAAAACCGGUGUUUAGUAUAUACAGUGUUGGCGCUAGGAAUUUUCAAAACGGGGUCUCAGGGACCCCAUCAAGUCAUAAAAAUGGGGUACCACGGUACAUUUAUGGGGGCCCACUUUUUUGCAACCGUUUUGAAAACAUUAUAAAUGUAUGCAUUAUCCUGUUAUAUCUCACAUUUUAUAUUGUGUUUUGGAAAAAGGUCGUCAUGACAGCCCCUCGCCUGAGUGCAAUCCGAGGCAGUAAUUGUGAGUGAUAAAACUUUCAGUGAAUCAAAUUGUAAGAAAUCAUACCAGAAAGUUCAUUACUUUGAAGACAACCAAUAAAAAGUCAAUAAACGGGAUGGAAAUAUAAACAAAACGUCGGCGGAAAGUGAUAAUCGAUAAGAAAAAUUUUUAAAAAGCAAACAGGAGUUUUGACCCAGAGGAGCCUGGGCCGGUAAAAAAAAAAUUAAAUGAUAUAAAAAAUGUGUGUCCCAGAGACGCGCGGACUUCCGGAAAUGCGCCUUUAUAAUAUCAAUGCGCACAAAAAGUGCAUUAACGCCAACAGUGUAUAUACCACUGUACAUCCGGGGACUCCUAUAAUCUGCGAAAAUAUUCUUUUAUUUUUCUUACUCGCUUACACUCAAAGCUAAAAAUACAAUUGUUUCGCCUUUAAUUUUGCUGGGUUUAAAAAAAAAAGUUGUUGUUUUUAAUUUUCUCAAGCUGUAAUAGGACUCACGCACAAAAAACCUGGAUGUGUUUUUUUCCUGAUUUGUAAACAUACUGAAAAAAUGUCUUGUUACACACAACUAACGGGUAUUUUUUGUUUGCCAUAGUAAGAAACAUAAAAUGACUAACAGUUACGACAAAUUGUUUAUUGCAACUGUAUUUGAUUUCAAGUGGCUUUAACAAAAUCUAAAAAAAAUACAUCACCACUCAUUUACUCUUUACUUUGAAGGUGACAUUUUGUACUAUAAGUGUGAUGCUGUAACCAUUUGACAUGUCGCCAUGGAAAUGUUGGGGGAAAAAAAUAACUUUUGACUGUUGAUACUUGCUGAAUAUUUGGGAUUUGUUGGAUAAACCUUGGAUAUUGCUGUCGAAAGUUUAGCUCUAGUUUGACAUAAAUGUGUACUAUAUAGUUCCUUUUUUAAUACAUUUUCUACAUAUUAAUAAAAUACUCAAAUAGGCUGA